AUGAGCUUUUCAAUAUUAGAUAUAUCGAAUGGUAUUGCAGUUUCCUCACUAGGGUUAUACGCUGGAUUAUUAAGUUCCUCAACUCUAGUUUCCGUAAUUGCGCCAAUUGACGUGGUGAAAAACAGUUUGAAACAUGUGUUCUGCGGUUUUGGGAUUGGUGGGACCGUCUUAGCGACUGUGUCCACUGCAGCUUUCAGUUUAAGUUAUUAUUUAUCCGGAAAGGAUACAUCAUUAUUAUAUGGAUUAUUACUAGGUCCGUUAUCCGGCCUAUAUCUCCAACUGACUUCUGAUUACACCAAGAAACUGGCAGACAUUGAGGAGACAAAACAUAAUCUGGAUGAGAUUGUGGACAAGAAGAAUCAGAUGAGUUCACCGGAAUUAGUGGAGAAAGAGGUGACACCUAAACUACCUCCUCAUCAUCCAGUUAUCAAAGGUGCAAACGGCGAAACUGUACAAUGCCCAUUUGCCAAGAGACAAGCGAAUAAGAAGCUACAAAAUAAGAAGAUCAAUUUGCCAGGUUGCGGAUUCUUGUCGUCCAUGAAUUUCCAUUUAAUAGUUGCAUCCACUGCCAGUGUUGCUGCUUUUGUAACUAGUGUCUUCUUACUUUUGAAAGUUUGA